AUGCUCCCGCAGACCAGUGCCUUCAGCCGGCCCUGGCUGCUGCAGGGCCACAUGCGGUCGCACACGGGCGAGAAGCCCUUCGGCUGCGCCCACUGCGGGAAGGCCUUCGCCGACCGCUCCAACCUGCGCGCCCACAUGCAGACUCACUCGGCCUUCAAGCACUUCAAGUGCAAGCAGUGCGAGAAGACCUUCGCCCUCAAGUCGUACCUCCACAAGCACUACGAGUCCGCCUGCCUCAAGGGCUCCGAACACGGCUGCGCCCUGGAGAACUGAGCCCCGUGGCCCGGGGGAGGGCAGGGGACCGGCGGGUGGAGAAGAGGAGCCGUCGUGGGCCGGCC